CUAUCGAUAUCAACACAACAGCUGUCAUAAUUCCACGUAUUUGAAGUUAAUGUAUUUUACUAAUUUACCUACAAAUUACCAAUUUACCUUCAAAUAUUUGAAUCUUGUGAAGCUCUAAAUCUGUAGAGAAACAUCUAUUCUCUAUCUGGAGACAUUGCGUUUGCAAUUUACAUCUGAAAUCAGAGAAUAACCUACUCAAAAAUGGAAGGGUCACUCCUGGAACCUACUCUUUACACCGUGAAAGGCAUGCUAAUCUUGGACAAUGAUGGUCACCGCAUUUUGGCAAAGUACUACGAUCCGGCAAUCUUUCCCACCGCAAAAGAGCAGAAAACAUUUGAGAAGAACCUGUUCAACAAAACUCAUCGAGCAAACGCUGAAAUCAUCAUGCUUGACGGUUUGACCUGUGUUUACAGGUCCAACGUAGAUUUGUUUUUCUAUGUUAUGGGGAGUUGUCACGAAAACGAACUGAUCCUAAUGAGUGUUCUCCAGUGUCUCUACGAAUCUAUCAGUCAGAUUCUGCGCAAAAACGUGGAGAAACGGGUUGUCAUGGAAAAUCUUGACAUAGUAAUGCUAGCUAUGGACGAGAUUUGUGACGGAGGGAUAAUUCUGGAGGCUGAUUCACAGUCAGUCGUUCAACGGGUCGCACUGAGAACGGACGAUAUCCCUCUUGGAGAGCAAACCGUCGCACAGGUCUUCCAGUCCGCGAAGGAACAAUUGAAGUGGUCGCUGCUUAAAUGAGAAACAAUGGAGACCUUGAGUCUCUUUAAUAUUUUCGAUGACACACCGUCAUAAACUGUGAAAUAAGUGAGUGUAGUAUUCAAAAAGUAUCUAAAGACAAAUUCAAUAGAGAGGUUAACAUUGAUUGAGGUCCUUAUGUAUCUGAUUCAAUACAUGGUGAGGUUUAUAAUGAAUAUAUUCAAAUGUGUAUCUGACUGAUUCAAUAGUGGGGUUUACAAUUGUGAUAUUGAGGUCCUAACAUUGAUUGAGGUCCUUAUGUAUCUGAUUCAAUACAUGGUGAGGUUUACAAUGAAUAUAUUCAAAUGUGUUUCUGACUGAUUCAAUAGUGAUGUUUAAAAUAGAUAGGGUAUAUUCCAAUGUAGUUCACAAAUUGUAAAAGCAUGUGUAUUAUUCAAAAGUUCAGACCUAUUCAGUAGUCAGAUUUACAAUGAAUAUAUUCAAAUGUGUUUCUGACUGAUUCAAUAGUGAUGUUUAAAAUAGAUAGGGUAUAUUCCAAUGUAGUUCACAAAUUGUAAAAGCAUGUGUAUUAUUCAAAAGUUCAGACCUAUUCAGUAGUCAGAUUUACAAUGGAUAUAUUCAAAUGUGUAUCUGACUGAUUCAAUAGUGAUGUUUACAAUGGAUAGGGUAUAUUCCAAUGUAGUUCACAAAUUGUAAAAGCGAGUGAAGUAUUCAAAAGUUUAGACCAAUUCAAUAAGGAGGUUCUCAAUUGAUAUAUUCCAAUGUAGUUCACAAAUUGUUAAAUCGAGUGUAGUAUUCAAAAGGUUUGACCGAUUCAAUAGAAGCCUAAGGUUAACAAUUGAUAUAUUUAAAUGUGGUUCACAAAUUGUAAAAGAGAGUGUAUUAUUCAAAAGGUUUGACCGAUUCAAUAGAAGCCUAAGGUUCACAAUUGAUAUAUUCAAAUGUGGUUCACAAAUUGUUAAAUCGAGUGUAGUAUUCAAAAGUAUCUGACUGAUUCAAUAGUGGGGGUUCAAAAUUGUGAUAUAUUCAAAUAUAUUUCACAAAUUGUAAAAGCUAGUGAAGUAUUCAAAAGUUUAGAUCAAUUCAAUAGUGAUGUUCACAAUUGAUAUAUAUUCAAAUAUAGCUUACAGAUUGUAAAAGCGAGUGUUGUAUUGAAAGUAUCUAACCGAUUUAAUAGUGGGGUUUACAAUGGAUAGAUUUGAAGGUACAUUAUAGAUCGUCAUAAACUGAAAAAGGGAUUGUGGUAUUCGGAAAGUAUGAGACAGAUUUAAUAGUGUGAUUGCAGUGGAUUGAUCUAGAGGUAGCCUUCAUCAUAAACUUUUAAUAUGUUAGAAAGAUAUUCAAAAGAAGGUGUAAAUUUAAUAGAUAAUAGUUUCAUCUUUGUUAAAUUCAACACUGUACUUAGAGUUGCUUAUAGGCUAAUAAAAACGCUUUACACACAUGGGCUACUUUUUAACAAAUUAAUAAAAACAAUAUACAAAUUUUGUAGUACCCUUUAUUUUUUUAAAACUUUAAAAUAGUUAAACAACUAGUUUCGACCCUAACUUCAACAUUUCAACUUGGGAAUGACCUAAGUUAGGGUAGAAAUUAGUUGUUGAACUAUUUUAAUGUUAUUUUUAAAUAAAGGGCGCUACUACAAGAUUUUUCUAUUGUUUUUAUUAAUUUGUUCAAAUAAUUAUGAUAUUGUUUAAUCAGGUCUGGAGUAAGAUAUUUCAGGUCGAACCUGAUCAAUUUCAGUGCCUCUGAAAUGACCUUACGACUGUUCUUGAGCAGCCGGGACCGACAACUUGACGUGUCCAUUUGAAAACUAAUAGUAAUAUUGCUUAAAUGAUACGACACAAUCCAUUGUCUUGUUCCUAUUUAAUAAAUGGUUUAAAGCUGCGUUUACAUCAAAUUUAUUAACAAAAUGUUGAUAACUGUUAGGUUAUUAGAAGCAUAUAAAGAAGCAUUCCCAAUCUUUAUAGAUUCUAUUAGAUUGAACGGAACUUGACAAACACAUUAUGUUCAUCAUAUGCAUGAUAAGUUAUGUUCAAUCUAAUAGAAUCUAUAAGGAUUAAGUUAUUAACAUUUUGUUAAUAACUUUGGUGUGUACGCAGCUUUAUACAGAAUUUGAGUUUUAAAUCUCUUCAUAUCAUUGUAAGAUGGAUUGAAACUAGAUUAUUGCAGGAAUAAAACAAGGAGAACAAGGUAAAAUGUUAUUGAACAAUUUAUAAAAUAUUGAAAUAAUUCUGAACUUUGAAACCAGUGUUGAAUUUAACAUAGGUACAUCAAUAUGUGUACUUACAGUAUAUUAUUAUGGUGCAUUUCUAUGCAUUGUUCAAUAAUUUCAAAUUUCUGUUGUAGAUUAACUGGAGACAACUCUCAUGCGCUCUGAUAUGAUAUAAUUAACUUGUCAUAAAUAUUAUCAUAAAUAUUUCACAAAUUUCUGCUGUUAAUAGAUGCUUAGAUAUCCCAUUAAUAAUUCUAUUUAUUAUGGUGCAUUUCUAUGCAUGGUUCAGUAAUCUAAAAUUACUGUUGUAGAUAUUUCUGAAGAUAACUCUCAUGCGUUCUGAUAUGAGAUAAUUAACUUGUCAUAAAUAGCUUAUUAUCAAAAAUAUUUCACAAAUUUCUGCUGUUAAUAGAUGCUUAGAUAUCCCAUCAAUAAUUCUAUUUAUUAUGGUGCAUUUCUAUGCAUGGUUCAAUAAUCUAAAAUUACUGUUGUAGAUAUUUCUGAAGAUAACUCUCAUACACUCUGAUAUGAGAUAAUUAACUUGUCAUAAAUAGCUUAUUAUCAAAAAUAUUUCACAAAUUUCUGCUGUUAAUAGAUGCUUAGAUAUCCCAUCAAUAAUUCUAUUUUUAUGAUAAAUAGAUUAAUAUAGCAUUCCUACAAUUUUAUGUAAAACUAUAACUCUUGCUAUAGGUGGUUACUUGAAUCCAUGGUGAAUUCAUUGAUUGAAUCAUGAACUGAAUGAAUUACAAAAUAUUCCAUUGAUAAAUCUUAAACUAUUCCUUCACUGGAUUUCAAAUCAGAACUCUUUGAAUAGAUAAAUUGAUCCAGGUUUAUUUUUGCAACAUCUAAUUCAAUGUCUUUUGUACAUAGCUUCAUUGCUAAAAUAUCCUGCUAUUUGUAUUGAAGAUACAGAUCUUCCUGGCUAUGAAUAUAUAGGAUAUUAUGAUAUACACUAUAUUGGAAUUGAUGUUCCCCAACUACUAAGUAUUCAUAAUUAUUGUCUAUGAUUAAAGGGCUAGAAAAUAAGGUUUAUCAAAGUAAUUCACUGUAGAUACUGUUCAAUUUUCAAAUUUAUUGUCUAUAAAUACAUGGAUACACAAAUGAAAUUUAUCAAUACAAUUUGCUGUAGAUACACUUGAAUUUUCAAAUAUAUUGCUUAAGAAUGUAUGGUUUUAUGAAGCUACUC